GCACAUAUUAGAAAAUAUGCUAUUACAGAAUAAAACACAAACAAAUUAUGCAAAGUAAUAAAAAUCCAUGUGUGAUUUUCUAUGAAGAUGAUUGUGAAAAUAAGUCCAGGGUUCCCACAUGAAACACACAAUACACACACACACACACACACAUACACAACCCUUCUAUUUAACUUAGAGUCACUCUGAGCCAGGAUUACAAUCUGGCUUAUUUAAAUUUAUUACAGAAAACACAAAAGCAAUCAAGUAUUUCUCUCAUCGUGCACUUUAUAGAAAGUCUAAUGUAUGCUAUGAUUAUUUAGAUUUUUACUUUUCAACCUAAUGCACAGGUGCUCUCGUGCACAGCUCCGGAAUUUGUUCUCGAGAGCGCGCGUGUUGCUACAGAUACCAGGGUCGUUGCUAAGAGUAACGACCGAGGGAAAAAAACUACUUCCGGGUCAAGAGAGUCCACGGGUUUCCACGAAAAGCCACAGGUCUGUUGCUGUGGAGAGACAAAUGGAAAUGAUGAUUGAGGAUGAUAGGAGUGAGGGGAAUCUUGUGAAGAAGAAGAAGAAACAGAAGAAAGGACAAGCCUCUGUGCCUGAAAACAAAAACUGCACAGUCGAUGAUGGGAGUCCAACAGAGGUGAAAAAAGAAAGGAAGAAAAGCAAAAAAGUUGAGACAGUGGUUAUAGAAGAUGAGUCGAGGGAUGAAGGUGAUGAAAGGAAAAAUAAGAAGAGGAAAAAUGUCAAUGAUUCUCUGAAUGAUGCCGGAGGUUCUGAUGCCAUAGAAACGGCAAAGGAAGGAGUCAAGAAGAAGAAUCAGCAGCAGGUAGAUGAUAUAAACAAUGUGGAAAUUGCACAGAGUUCAGGUAAAGAAGAAAUGGAAAAGAAAGAAAGAAAAGAGAAGAAAGUGAAGAAUAAUACUGUGCAAAGUCAAGCUGAAAAUGUAAAGAUACAGGAAGAAAAAGAAGAACAGCAGGCUGGAAAGGAAGAAGAGCCAAAGAAAGCUAAGAAAAGAAAAAACAAUAUUUUGUCUGUAAACACAGAAGUGACUGAGGAGCAAAGUAAAAGAAAGAAAAAGAAAACCUCAGAGGAAGAAACGACUGUAGCAAUUGAUGAAGUGACUACAACGAAAAAGAAAGCUGAAGUGGGCGAGAAUGAACUGAAGUUAGAAACAGCAGCAGGAGGGACUGAGGGUGAGGAGGUAAUGGUGAAAAAGAAGAACAAGAACAAGGCCGAAAAUGGAGUCGUAACACCUGAGAUCAAAAGGAGCAAAGCCAAAAAGACAGAGACAGACAGUAUGCUGGACGAGAGUGGGAUUCUUUUAGAGGAAGAGAAGACAGAGCAAAAGAAAAAAGGAAAAGGUAGAAAAGCUUCUGUGGAGGUCACCGAAGUAGAAGAUACAGAGCCAAAGAAAAAGAAGAGGAAAAAGGGAAGCUCAAAGGGAGAGGAAGAGUGGCCAUUAAUCAAAUGUGAAGAAAAUGAGGAGGCAGGUGACACAACAAGCAAGAAAGUCAAAAAGAAGAAGAGCUCUGCUGAGGUGACACAGACGGAGAAAGAUGUUGGAGUUGAAACUGGUGCGAAGAAGAAGAAAAAGAAAAAGAUCGAAGAAGCGUCCCCUCAGAUGGACAUGGUGUUUCUGUCAGAGAAGAGUGGAAACACUGAUGAAAUCAACAUCAACCAGGAGAGAAGACCGGUGAUGCAGAAGGAGAUUGACAAGGCCUCUCAACCAGAAAAACCAGCUAAACCAUCGGGUUUGGGUCAGUGGAGCACCGCACGGUUCGAUAGCUCUGACCAGCAGCAGAAGUUCCUCCGUCUGAUGGGCGGCUUCAAAAAGGGCUUCCAACCUGCUGCGGCGAGCACUGGUGGAGCAAAUUUGGCGAUGGGGCAAGACGCACAGCAGCAGCUGCAACAAGGGCUUCUGGGAGAGUUUGAGCGUGCUCACACGCGCAGAAUGGACUUCAGUAACAAAGGGGCAGGGCUUGGGUUUUCUGCACCGUCCAAUAAGAAGUUCUCUAUUGACAUCAAUACAAGUCGAUCGAUUCGCUUUGAUGAUUAAUAUAAGUGUGAUCAAAAGUUAUUUUUUUGCAUGUUUACUUUUAUUUAUGAAUCAUACUUUGCUUUCUGCUAAGGUCGACUGGAGAACCUUUUAACUUGUGUAGAUGUGAUUAUCAGCCAUUGAGAAUCACAAGACAAAAUGCCAUUUGUACAUGCUGUAUAUUAAACCUCCCUGAGGAACUGGACUGUUAUUACAUAUGAGAUAAGAACCAGUUUUAGUGUAUUGCAAUGUCAAAUCUCAGUUUACACUGUGAUGGUGAAAAAUGUCGAUCUUGUAAUUUCAGAUUUUAUAUUCGUCUAAAUUUGACAAAUUAUUUUGGUAAUGGCAAAAGUGACUACAAUCUGCAGAUGACACAUUGAUUUUACCUGUUACAUUUAAUAGUUCGGCAUUUUAUUUUCACAGGAGGUGACAAAUGUGGCAAUAUUAAAUCAUGCGUAGGGAGAAAUGCUUGUUUUUGUCGGUCGAGUAGAUGUAAGGAUCUGUUUACAAACUACUGAGGAAAUCACUUAGUUUCAUAUUGAGUGCAAAAUGAACUCACUUAAACCAUUCUGUAUUAAAAAAAAAACUUGCUUU